UUUAGACAAGCUAAACUCGCACACAGGUAUUUCUUUUUUCCUAGAUCUUUCCCCCUCUCUCUCCCUCCCAGCUCCCGUGACCUAACUGCUCUCCCCCACCCUUCGUUGCUCUUUCUCUCCCUCUAGAAAUUCAUUUCAGCCCAAAAUCAUGACAUACAACUAAGAACCUUGCUGCAUUUUCUCUCUGUCUCCUCCGAUUGUUGCUCUCCUCAAGGACCAAGAAAGCUGUGGCCAUCGACAAGAGAUUUGUGAGGAUCUGUGCUCUACACAAAAAUCGGAGGAGAAGAGAAGAAGAAAUUUGGAGGAGUGGAGAAGAACAAAUUCGGGAGGGAAGAAGUGCUAGGGAGGAGAGAAGAUGAAAGAGAUAAGAGAGAGGGAAAAGAGAGGGGGUUUACCUGAUGCACACCCCCACCGUAAUUUCUACAAGUCUACUGCGUGUUUGUCUUUCACUAGUGGGCGUAAAAAACAAUUAACACCCGACCGACUUUAAGGUUUUCCCUUUCUUUUUCCCCCGUGCUUCUCUGCGCAGCCCCCCUGCCCUCCUCUCUGCUCUGUUUCCUCUCAUGGUCGCUCCCUCUCUCCUCUGUGAUUGCCACUCGCCAUCGCGCCCAGCUCCACGCCGUCCAUCCUGGUUCGUGACGCGCCGCUCUCCACAGUUUCGAGUGGUUCCAUCCCCGUCUCUCUCUCCCUCUUACGGUCUAUCUCCCUCUCUCUCUUCUCCCCGUUGUGUCACAGCCUGUCGCGCACUGCCGCUGCCAAGGCCUUGCUCCACAGGCCGCUUCGCCAGUUGCUACUCGUCACGCCGAUAAGUUUUCGUUUGUCCCUCUCACUCCUCUGCGUCUCUUUCUCUCUCUCUCUCUCUCUCUCUCUCUCUCUCUCUUCGUGGUAGGACAGCCCCUGAGACCUGUGGAGACCAACGGAGGUAGCCGCACCGCCUCACUUGCCAAAUGUUUCAGAUCACCACGAACCAUCUCCAAGCAGCGUCACCUCACUGUCGAACUGAUUAACCACCACUCUGAGUUGAGUAAGGUUGUAAUAUUGCUAUGGUGCAAGUUGAAGGCUUAGAUAGUACUCUGUCAAAGUCAGACUUGCCUCGGUAAACAACUCCCGGAAAAGGCAUCUCAUGGAGUAUUCUCGUGCACGUGGUUUUUUGUUCUGUGACUUCUGUGGGACAAUGCUUUCUUUGAAAUCAACUAAGUAUGCUGAAUGUCCCCUGUGUAAGUUUAAGCGCAGUGUGAAAGAGAUUUCUGAAAGGGAGAUAUCUUAUGUAGUCACAGCCGAGGAUAUCAGAAGGGAGCUGGGAAUCUCACUGAUUCGAGACCAAGAAGUGCAAUUAUCAAAGGUGAAAAAGAAAUGUGAAAAAUGCGAAAAUGACGAGGCUGAGUAUUGGACCAUGCAGAUGAGAUCAGCGGAUGAAGGGCAGACUACAUUUUAUCGAUGCACCAAAUGUGGACAUAAGUUUUCAGAGAAUUAAGUUUGUAUCGAAUAUGUAAAACCGCAUUCCCAUUUCCCAGCCUGCCUUUUGUGUUUUCUCGGGCAUCGCUGAAAUGUCGGUAGGCGUUAGAUUCGAUCGUGGUUCACCUGCUGUUAUUCGAAUUGUAUGGGCUUCACUGGGGAUGGUGCGUAUUGUGUUGCCCCCAGAGAGAGCCUCAGACCACAUUAAUUAUAUUCUCAGUAAUUUCUAAAAUGUACAAGUUACAAAAAGUGCUUGGCCCGUUA